AUGUAUGCGGACUUCAAGGGCAAGGCGAUCGAGUUCGCGAAGGUAGCGGUGCAGGAGGACGAGGCGGGGAACUUCGAGAAGGCGAUCAACCACUACCUGAACGCGCUCGACUACUUCAAGACGCACCUGAAGUACGAGAAGAACGAGAGCUCAAGGCAGGCCAUCACUGCCAAGUUCAAGGAGUACUUGGCAAGGGCGGAGUACCUCAAGGCACAGCUAGCCAGGCAGGUUGCGGAGCCCGCAUCAGCACCACCAGGGGAUGCGGUGCAGAAGCCCAAGGCCAAGAACGACAAGGAAGAUGAGAAGAAGAGCAGGGAGGAAAAUAUAGAUGGCGCGAUUGUGGCUGACAAACCCGACGUCAAGUGGGGCGAUGUGGCUGGGCUAGAAGGUGCCAAGGAAGCCCUGAAAGAGGCGGUGAUUCUACCUGUCAAAUUUCCACAAUUCUUCACUGGAAAGAGGAAACCAUGGAGUGGACUACUGUUGUAUGGACCACCUGGGACUGGUAAAUCACACUUGGCUAAGGCGGUGGCCACAGAGGCAGAUUCGACCUUUUUCAGUGUGUCAUCUGCAGAUCUGGUAAGUAAGUGGAUGGGCGAGAGUGAGAAGCUGGUUGUCCAGCUUUUCAAGGCAGCAAAGGAAAAGGCUCCUUCCAUUGUGUUCAUUGAUGAGAUCGACUCUCUGGGAGCUGCCAGAGGGGAUAGUGAAAGUGAAGCAGCUCGUCGGAUCAAGACACAACUGCUGAUUGAGAUCACAGCUGUGAAGGAAAGCUCAGAACGGGUGUUGAUUCUGGGGGCCACGAACUUGCCAUAUAUGCUGGACAAUGCUUUGAGAAGACGGUUCGACAAGCGAAUCUACAUUGCCCUGCCUGAGCAGCACGCCCGGGCGCACAUGUUCAAAGUGCACCUCGGUGACACGCCACACAACCUAACUGAGAAGGAAUUCCAGGCUUUGGCAGCCAAGACGGAAGGGUUCUCGGGGUCUGACAUUGCCGUCGUUGUCAAGGGCGUGCUCAUGGAGCCAAUAAAAGUAGUGCAGGGAAGCCAGCACUUCAAACGGACGAGGGAUGCUGAUGGACAGAUGAAGUACACGCCCUGCGCCCCGGAUGACACAGGCGCCGAGGAGAAGAACUUGCAGUGGUUUAUGGAGAACGACCCUGACAGCGUGCUGCCUCCGCCCAUUACCUAUCGUGAUUUUGAAAAGGUGCUGCUCAAAGCACGGCCAACUGUGAGCCCCAAGGAUCUGGGUAUCUUCCAACAAUUCACUGAAGAAUUUGGAGAAGAAUCUUGA